AUGGGCGUAAGCCAACACCUCCCCGCCGCCGCCGCCGCCGCCGCCAGCACCACCACCGCCGCCGCCCCUCCCCCCAGUACCGUCCCAGCCAUCUUCCACCCCCCCGAACAACCCGCCACCGACCACCAGCAGCACCCCUGCCACGACCCUUCCUACGUCGCCGCCCUCUUCGCCGUCUGGCGCGCCGAGUCCGCCGCCCACGAAGACCGCCGCGAGCGGCGGAAGGAGGAGCGGAAGGCGGCCAAGAGGGCGAAGGAGUCGGAAGCGAGCGACGGCGCGCGGGUCGCUGAUCUGCGGCGCGAAGAGGAGGAGCGGCGGCAGCAGUUGCAGGAGGGGGGGCAAGGGGCGAAGGCGUGGAAGGAAGGGAGGGCGGAGAGGAAGAAGAUGAGGGCGGAGAGGAGGCGGGCGGGGAGGUGUGGUGGGGGGGUGGGGGAUGGGGUGUUGGGAGGUGAGGGGGAGGUCGGUUUGGGGGUGGGGGAAUUGUAA